AUGGGGACAGAUAUGGUCCUGCAACUGGGCCUUCUCAUCUUCAGCCUAGGCAUCUUCUUCGCUCUACAGAAUUUCUCCAAACAAGCCCUAACCAAACUCCGAACCAAAAAUCGAUCCACCGCCGAAUGUCACCGCCACUUCGUCCAAGCCGCCCAACUCCUAGCCAAAUCCCGAUCGUCCCGCAACAAAACCACCUCGUUAAACCUAGCCAAAUCCGCCGUCGUCGAAGCCGACAAAGCCCUAUCCAUCGAGCCCAAGAACCCCGCAGCCCAUAUCCUCAAGGCCCUGGCCCAAGAUCUCAUGGGCCACAAGUCUUCAGCCAUUAGAUCACUCGAUAUAGCCCUUUCUCCUCCGGCUUUGAAGUCUCUGCCGGAGAGAGAGAGAGCCGAUGCGUUGAUUAAGAGGGCCGAGUUGCAGAUCGCAGUGAAUCGGAAGAGACGAGUUGACUCGGCCGUGGCUGACCUGGUCGAAGCGGUGAGGCUGUAUGGGGAUAAUACUAACAGAAAUAGCAAGGCGUUUUGUUUGUUGGGUCAGUGUUACGAGACCAAGGGGCUGAGAGAGGAAGCGAAGAAUGCGUUUGCAGAGGCCCUGAGGAUCGAGCCUGGGUCCGUUGUGGCUCGGGAUGGGUUGAACCGGUUGGGCUCGUGA